UACAAAGAUGGAAAGCUCAAGCUCUAAUCCACAUGUCACACUCGAAGUUAGAGAAGAAUACCCAUACCCAUCACACGUUUAUACCCCCAGUUUUGUUACCUUGAAGUUGAGUGGAAGGGAUGAGUAUGGUAUUUGGAAAACACAGAUACUAUGUCUAUUAGAGAGUCAUGGUAUGCUUGGUUUCAUUGAUGGAACACUCAUAAGCCCCCAAACCAGUAAUAAUGUUUCUGGGAAGGAGAAGGUGGGUGACCAUGAAACUCAUCACAGGCUGUGGAGAAGAUCAGAUGCCCUUGUGAAGGGUUGGAUUAUUGGUUCUCUCUCCAAACAAACACUCAUGUAUGUUGCAGAGCGGCUCAAAGAAAAGCUCGAUCAAGAGAGAAUUGCAACUGAUUUCAGUGCAAAAGAUGUAUGGGAUGAACUGCAGGCCAUGUAUGCUCCUGCUGUUGUUCCACCAGAAUUGCCUGCAGUCGUUCUAGAUACACAAGUAGAGCGAUAUAGAGAAGAGGCUCACCGAGAGUUGUAUAAGGCUAUUCUAGAUCGACAAUGGAGUGCGGUUGAAGAAAUGUUGGUGAGAAGACAUAUUACAGUUAUAGACAAAAUCACCAAUAAUGGCAACACAGCACUCCAUGUAGCAAUCAGUACUUCCAAGAAGCUCGAAUUCCUGGAGAAAAUGUUGGGACUCACACCGGAGAACACACAACUAAUGAAUGUGCGUAAUUCAGAUGGAAGCACACUACUCCAUGUUGCUGCUAUCAUUGGCAACACUGAAGCCGCUAAGAUCCUGGUUGAAAGAAACCCAGAUUUGUUGUUGGCCAAAGACAACGUGGGUCACACACCACUCGCCAUAGCUCUAUCCAACAUGCAUACCGAGACAGCUCGUCAUCUGUUGAAACACAUCAAUACUGAGGAGGUGAAGGAUGCUCUGUUUUCAGGCACAAGUGGUGAUGAGCUUUUAGUUACUGUUAUUUCUUCUAAAGAUUUUCGAUUGGCAAAUGAUCUGGUGGAGCAUUACAGGGUAUUGCAUAGUGAUGCUGUGCUGAUGGCUAUAGCUCAAAAUUUCCCAAGCGAACUUAAUAUAUUGGACUGUAUAGGGGCUGGUAUAGUAGCUGACGGAGUAGAUAUUUGGAUGGUGGCCAGUAUAGUUUCUAUUGAAAGAUCUCUUCCAUCGGCUUCCUGGGCGUUAACAAUAAUUAUCCUACUCUUUUAUGGACUUUGUUUGAUUUUUAGGUUUUUCCUGCAAAUCCUACAGAUAAUAGUAUGGCCAUUCGUUAAAAAGAGAGUUGCAAUUUAUACUGAUGCUAUGACACUAUUAGCGUAUGCAAACAUAUUGGCAAAGGAAAAGAAACACUCCAGCUCUUACCAUCACUAUUACAAAAAUCCGAUUCUUGAAGCGACAAGACAAAAUUCAUAUGAGGUUGUACAUGGUAUUGUGUAUUUAUUUCCCAAUGCAAUUUUGAGUGUGAAUGAGGAUGGUCACAGCAUUAUUCAAUAUGCUGUGAUAAAUCGCUCAGAAAAGGUUUACAACUUAAUUUAUCAAAUGAGCGAACAUAAGAAUAUAUAUCGAACAAUAAAAGACUAUUCGGGAGAUAACCUCUUGCAUCUAGCUGCAAGAUUGGCACCUUCCAACAAAUUGAAUCUUAUAUCAGGGGCAGCUUUACAAAUACAACAUGAACUGCUUUGGUUUAAGGAAGUUGAAGGAUUUGUGUGUCCCCUAAGCAUCAUUCAAAAGAACUCUAGCGGCGAAACACCACAAAUGGUAUUUACUCGAGAACACAAAGACUUGGUGAUUGAGGGAGAGAAAUGGAUGAAGUCAACUGCAGAGUCUUACACAAUUACAGCUGCAUUAAUCAUCACAAUUGUGUUUGCAGCAGCAAUUACAGUGCCAGGAGGUAGCAGUCAGGACAAAGGAAUACCAAUUUUUACCAACAACACUGCCUUCACAAUAUUUGCAAUAUCAGAUGCCAUAUCAUUAUUUGCAGCUGUUACAUCAUUGUUAAUGUUUUUGUCAAUCCUCACUGCACGUUUUGCUGAACAAGACUUUCUCUUCAAGUUACCUACAAAGUUGAUAAUUGGUUUAACCACCUUGUUCAUCUCAACGACAGCUAUGAUAGUAGCUUUUGGCGCAACAUUGUACCUGGUAUUUGGCCAAACAAACUCAAGGAUUCUUAUUCCCAUAGCUGUGUUGACCUGCCUACCAAUUACUUCGUUUGUGACCUUGCAGUUCCCUCUUGUCCUAGACUUGAUGAGUGCCACAUAUGGUCGGAGUAUUUUUGGUGAUAAAAGAAAUGUAUACAGUUGGCAUAAAAAUUUAUUUAUUUGAUUGUAAAUUUGGAAGUUAAAGAUUAGAAUGAUAAUGAA